AUGAAGCACUCAACAUCAACUACUCCCUGCGAGCCCAUCGCCAUUAUAGGCAUAGGAUGCCGUCUCCCAGGCCAAGCCUCAUCCCCAUCCAAACUCUGGGACCUCCUCAUCAACAACGCAACAGGCUAUGGCCCCGUCCCACCCUCGCGCUACAAUGCCGCAGCAUACUACCACCCCGACGCCGACCGACCGGGAAGCAUCAACUCAACGGGCGGCUACUUCAUCCAGGAGGACAUACACGCCUUCGAAAAUGUCUUUUUCGGGAUCAACAACCUCGAAGCGACGUCCAUGGAUCCGCAGCAGCGAAAGCUCCUCGAAGUGACAUACGAAGCGCUCGAGAACGCGGGCAUACCCUUAGAAGAAGUCCACGGGACCAACACCGGCGUGUACGUGGGGAAUUUCACCAACGACUACUUGAACAUGCAGUACAAAGACCCAGAAUAUUCUUCUCGAUACACUGCCACAGGAACAGGCCUGGCUGUGCUGGCCAAUCGCAUUACGCAUUGCUUUGAUCUACGGGGACCGUCGCAUGUUAUCGAUACGGCAUGUUCGUCGUCGUUGUAUGCGCUGCAUUCGGCUUGCUUGGCGCUGGAUGCUGGGGACUGUGAUGCGGCUGUCGUGGCGGCUGCGAAUCUAAUUCAAUCACCGGAGCAGCAGAUGGUCGCUGUUAAGGCGGGAGUUUUGUCGCCGGAUGCGAUGUGUCACACUUUUGAUGAAAAGGCGAAUGGGUAUGCGAGGGCGGAGGGGGUGUCGGCUGUUUAUUUGAAGAGGCUGGGUGAUGCGCUGAAGGAUAGGGAUCCUAUUCGUUCGGUCAUUAGGGGGACUGCUGUUAAUGGGUGA